CCUGUCCGACCUGUUUGGGGGACACAUGACUCCCGAGGAAUUUUCCCCCGCUGCUCCCGUCCUUUGUCUAACGGCGUCUUUUUUUCAAAGGGAGACGCAGGGUGAGAGCCAGAGGAGAGAGGGGGAGACAGAGAGAAGAGAGAGGGGAUACAGAGAUGUCGGAACCAGCCGCUAACCCCGCUGCCACCUCGUUCCCAGCGCCGACUAUUUCUCUACCUUUGGGUCUGGAAGUGCUGAGAACUUACUCUGGAGUCCUUGUCUGCUUAGAAAUAAUAUUAGGUGGCCUGGUAUGGAUUCUGGUGGCCUCCUCCAAUGUGCCUGUGCCCUUGCUGCAGGGCUGGGUGAUGUUUGUAUCCAUCACUGCAUUCUUCCUCUCCUCAGCUUACCUCACACUCCUCAUCACUGGCCUGGCUGACCGUAUCAACACAGACUGGAAUUUUUUGGAUGUCUUUUACCAUUUUCUGGCUCUGCUCUUCUACUUUGCUGCCUUUGUGUUAGAGGCAGCAACUACAGCAGCUAAUGGCGGAGCCCACAUCCAGCUGAAUGGCACUGAAACAGUCCUGUGUAUAACCCUCCCUAGAGGCAAUGUCUUCACAGUCCUGACUGACCACCAAUAUAGUAUUAAUGUGGCAGCCACGAUAUUUGCGUUUAUGGUGACACUAUGCUACGGCUGCAGUUUGGUGAUGGGUUUCAAGAGAUGGAGGAUGUAACCAAGAAUACCAGCACAAACUAGUUCUUACAGCUGCUUUGUAACGUAUGAAACCAUCAAGAUCAACAUCCAUGUCUCCAUGAAGACAUCUGAACUUCAGUUCAAGGAAAAAAUUGAACGAGUGAAGUAUUUCUGGCUUUUGAUGGUGUUUUGAUAGCAUUUGCUGUUGACUAUUGCUUAAAUAUUUCCUUAACCUCUUCUGGAAAAAGACUUUGUGGAAAGUGAAUGAAAUUUGUAGUAAAAACUUGUAAAUUAAAUAAAACUUGAGGUUAAACAGGGUAAUAUAACAUUAUGCAAGUUAUGCGUGCAACAGUUACAGUUUGUUUUAGCUUGUCUUGCCCAAUUUCCUUAAUAACAUCCUCAUCAGAGGGAAUAUUUCCCAUUUCCAAAACCACAAAAACGUGCCUACGCCUGCUGUUUAUAUGUUAUGUAAAACAUAGAUGUUGAUGGUGCAUCUUUUAUACUGUCCUCUGGUUACCUCCGUGCCAAGGAGACUAAACUCUCUGCAUUUAACAUGAGAGCUGUAACAUAUUUAUGUCGUUAUUUAAAAUUUAAGAUCUGGUUUUUGGAUUUCAAAGUUGCAGUUUUUUUGAGCACUUUCUCCUAUAUUUUCUCUUUGUAUCCAACAUUAUUUGCAACAUGUAAAGUUUAGUCAGGUACUAAUGUCUGAGAGAGUUGAAACUUUCUGAGUGAUGUUCUUUGUGGUUAACUUCUCUGACUAUUUGAUGGACAUGUUUUUUAAUCUGACUAACAUUUCUUUACCGCACCUGUCUGAGAUAAGUUUUUAAAACCAAGAGGUUAAUCUGAAAUUCAAUGAAGUGUUUGAAAUUUGCUACUUUAUUUUUAAAACAUGACUUUUUUAACACCUAAUAGAUCUGUAAUGUUAGGUUUAAUGUUUUAGUGUUAACCCUUAUUUAAAUUGUGUUAUGCAUCACAAAACUGCCCAAAUCAGAAAUCUUUCCUUGAACAAAUGAUUUCUUAGUCAUAUUUACUUUAUUUCCCUUUUCAUGCAUGAGGCCAUUAAAGUUUGAUAUCGAUUUAAAAUAGUUUGGAGUGAAAUGAAGGUUUCAUAGACCUGCUGUUUUGGCAUUAUUAAUGUAUGGAGGAACUUAUGAAAUAAAAGUU